AAACGUGAAGUUAUCUCACAAUCGAUCUAAAUUGAACGAUACGAUAUGGAAGCUACUCAUAAUAGUGACCGUGAGUUGAUUUAUUCUCACAAUAAUCAAUCAACGCAAAUAUUUACAGAGUUAAAAAAAACUUUUGGAAUCGAGAUACACAGAUGAUCAAUGUUGGAAGGAUGGUAUUGCCGGUCAAUUGCAAACAACAAUGCAGAAGCCGAGGAUGAUGAAGAGGAUAGUCCCGAAGAAGAAGUACCGAAUUAUAAAGAUCAAUACCGUAAUUUAAAACGAAAACUUAAAUUUCUAAUUUAUGAAAAUGAAUGUUUUCAAGAAGCCUUGAGGUCGACCCAACGUAAGUUAUUAAAAGUGAAUCGUGACAAGAGUUUUUUACUUGAUCGCUUACUCCAAUAUGAAAAGGUAGAUGCAUCUUUUAGUGAAAGUGAUGAAACCGAAUCGUCAGAUGAUGACAUGUCACGAUUAGAAACGUUAAAUAAAAAAAAGAAAGUAGAAAUAAAUUUUAAUAAUCACACUCCACAUGGCCUAUCGCCAGUAAAACCUUCAAGUACAACUAAAAAGAAAAAACCAACUCCAAAAUCAGCUUUAAAACCUCAGAAUAACCCAUCUGUUCAAACCAACUCUAAUAAUGUUAUGUCAAUGGUAUCAAUGAUUUCCGAUGGUCAUAUGACACCUGAAGAAGUAGAGCGACAUUUAGAGUCGCGUCAGACGUACCUGGAAUUGGUGCCUGAAAAAGCACCACCAACUGUCCCUACCGAAAUGUUUAGCAACGACCCGUCUUUGGACAGCGAGUCUAAUGAAAUCGGUGAACUUGAAACUUCACCCAGUAAUAUGGGUGAAGAUUGUCUCAGUGUUGACAUGAUGGCUGAAUGAAUCCAUUUUUUAUUUUAAGUACCUAAAUAAUGCAUCAAUUGAUUACUAAAAUGUUUUUUUUUCUUUCCUCAAAAUUUUAUAAUGUACUUGCAUAUAAAUUAAAAAGUUUUACAUUAA